AUGAAGCCAGCCCGAGGUCAACAGCGGUCAGGUGCCGAAAAUGCGAAUGGAAAUCGCAGUGCGCUUUCCGCCGCAAUCCUAGCGCGGCUCACAGAUGAGCUAAACCGCUGUAACCCGUUCAUCGGGAUCUACCGAACUGCCCGGGAGCAGCUAAUCGAGGCUGCCCGAAGCCAGACCCCUAUAGAUGUGAUACUAUCCCCCGAUCUGCGUAUCAUCCUCCAGGAGAAAGCUGAUCCACGCACGUAUAACUUGCCUACACGGACGGAGGUAGCGGCGUUUAUCCCAGACGCACCACCAGACUUCGGUCAGCGAACGUACCGGGAUAUGGUUUUGACUUUACGGGCCCCGGAUACGGGCCGAGCGGCCCUUCGUAGGGUGGAUCCAAGCCAUGCGGCGUAUCUACCUCUGCAUUAUGUGUUACUUUUCCCUCAUGGGGAUACUGGGUGGUCCUGGGGCCUCCGUUUGACUUUCCGUGAUCAGGACAAUGCCACCCAGGAUGAAGUAGACGACCUUGGACAUGACGACGGUGAUGUGGAUCCACCGGGUGUCCUACAUAAUAUAUUGGAUAUCGAUCCUGACCCGGAGGAUGACCUAGCGGCGUCUUUCUCAAACUGUAUAACAGCCCGUCAGUAUCACGCUUUUCGCGUGUUUACUCGGCCUGAUGACUUCAAUCCAAUCCAUCACGCCUGUCGCCUAGGUCAUCAGUAUUGGGUCGAUGCGUAUGCUACAAUUGAGCAAUCCCGACUCCGUUGGUUUAGUGGUCAUCAGGACGAUAUCCGGGCAGAUACCUAUCAAGGCCUUGCAGAUCACCUAGCGGAGGCUGUUGCUGAUACCGCCACUGAGGGCACAGAGGCUAUGAUAACCGCACCGGUCGGUCAGCGCGUGAUAUUACCCUCAUCGCACAUAGGCAGCCCACGGUUCAUGAAGAAGAUAUGUCAAGAUGCAAUCGCUUUGAUCCGUAAGUUAGGACCGCCAACGCUGUUUAUCACCAUGACGGCCAAUCCAACUUGGGAUGAGAUUACACGGGAGCUAUUCCCUGGCCAAACAGCCAUGGAUCGCCCGGAUUUGGUCAGCCGUGUAUUCGAUCUUAAAAAAAAGGAUCUUCUCCUACAACUCUGCAGGAAAGGUAUCUUUGGCCCUUCCACUGGCCGGUUUUGGACAAUUGAGUAUCAAAAGCGCUCCCUCCCUCACUGCCAUUUACUACUCUUCCUGGAAAAUAGCGACCAGUUCCACAACCCUUCAAUGAUAGAUGAGGUGGUCUGUGCUGAGCUACCGGAUCCAGUGGUGGAUCCGGAACUCAGUAAGAUUGUCCGUGACUAUAUGGUCCACAUGUGUGGCGAGGGCUUACAGGCCCCCUGUACCUCGAGCGACACUGCAACGGGCGAACGAACCUGUAGUAAGCGCUUCCCUAAGCCACUCACCUCUGAGACGAUCCCAAACGAGCAUGGAUACCCCCAGUAUCGCCGGCGUGAUAUCCCUGAUAUGGCAUUUACCAAACAUGUGAAGGGCCGUGAGGUCACUGUGGAUAAUAGCCGGGUUGUGCCAUAUAACCCAUACCUCACGAUCCGCUAUAACUGCCACAUCAACGUUGAGCUCUGUCGCGGUGUCGAGGUCGUUAAGUAUAUCACUAAAUACGCCUACAAAGGCCCAGACCGGGCUACAGUCCGGCUGACUCUUACCGACGAGAUUACAGAGUAUCUUGAGGGCCGGUAUAUUGGACCGUCGGAGGCGAUCUGGCGUCUGCUGGGAUACCGAGUGCAUGAGGAAUUCCCACCUGUGCAGGCGCUCCCAGUCCAUCUCCCAGGUCAGCAGCCAGUCCGCUUUCCGACCGGUGCUGAAGUUGAUGAUAUUCGGCGCCGGAUGGAUAACACGCGCAGUCCAUUGAUGGCCUACUUUGACUACAAUACUGUUGCCCGCCGGGAGGGCCGCCCGACGUAUCUAUAUCAGGAUAUGCUGCGGCACUGUGUCUGGGACCGGUCCCAGAGGGCCUGGCAGCCACGGAAAAAUGGGACUGUUAUCGGUAGGAUGUACCAUGUGAAUCCCCGUGACGGCGAGCGCUUCUACCUGCGGCUGCUAUUAACGGUCCGGCAUAAUGCUGUAAGCUUUGAGGACCUAAGGACCGUACGCCUUGGAUCACCAGAGCGGACAUUCCGGAACGCCUGCAAGAAGCUUGGGCUGCUAGAGGAUGACAACCACUGGCGGGCCACAUUCACGGAGGCUGUGACCUUCGCAUCUGGAAAAUCUCUAAGAAAUGAGUUCUGUGUUGCUGUCGUGCAUGGUGAUGUUAUGGACCCACCGGCACUCUGGGACGAGUUCCAAGUGCACCUAUGCGAUGACCUGCCCCGUCAGUUGGAAUCCUACACGGAAGCCGGCAGAGAGCUACCUGCCACUUCUAUCAGAGAACAGUACCUUGACUUUGGCCUAUUUCUGAUCGGCCGACUGCUAGCAGCGCAAAGUAAGACAUUAGCGGAUUAUUACAUGCCAUCCCCGGAAGCUGAUUGGUCUGCCUUCCAGCAAUCAUCCCGUGACGGUCUGCAUAACAUGCCAUUAGAUCGCCUAGCCACCACGGCCGCAGAGUUGCGGGAUCAGCUCAACGAUAAUCAACAGACCAUCUUUUCCGCCGUGGUAUCCACUGUGCUUGGCGGUCGGCCUGCUGCGUGGUAUCUACAAGGCCCUGCCGGUACUGGCAAGACAUUCCUCUACCGUACGAUCUAUGCUGAGCUGCGGCGCUUAGGCUUCGAUGUGGCCUGUGUUGCUUCGUCCGGCAUUGCCGCAACCCUACUACCGGAUGGCAGCACGGCCCACAGUCAUUUCGGUAUCCCGCUUGAAUUACAUGAGGACUCGACCUCGACUUUAAGGCCAAGAUCUGCAAAAUUUCAACGCCUACGGACAACGGCUCUGAUCAUCUGGGAUGAGGUCCCAAUGCAGGACCGGUAUGCAGUGGAAUUGGUGGAUCGUCUCCUAAAAGACGCCCGUGACGAUGACCGUCUAUUUGGUGGUCUUCCAGUCCUGAUGGGGGGUGAUUUUGCGCAGACCUUACCGAUAGUAGUCCCAUCUAGCCGAACCAGGACAGUAGCUGCGUGCUUACAACGAUCUUCAAUUUGGCCACAACUGACAGUCCUACAGCUACAUCGAAAUAUGCGCCUUCCGCCAACAGGCGAUAAUACAGGCUACGGGCAAUAUCUAUCCACAAUGUCCUACCGGGAGGACUUACAGGGUACUAUUAUCCUGCCCCAGUACAUCCCCCGAUCCGAUACGGUAGAGGAGCUCUGUGAUGCUAUAUAUCCCACUGCAGCGCUAUCGGCAGCCACCGAGAACCUGGAGUUCUUUGCUGAGCGGUCUAUUGUCACUAUCCGUAACGACGCGGUGGCGGUCUUCAACGACCGGCUAAUCAGCCGCAUGACAGGCGAUUUGAGGACUUAUUGGUCCGCCGACCGUGCCCAGGAUCGUCCUGGCAGGUAUCAACCAACCCUUACAGAACAACCACUGGAGUAUUUAAAUUCUAUCAAUAUGCCAGGCCUGCCGCCGUCGAAACUAGCAUUGAGAGUCGGAGCCCCGAUUAUGCUGAUCCGGAACCUCCGCCAAGAAGACGGCCUCUGCAAUGGAACCCGCCUCAUCAUCACGGGUAUAUAUCACUGGAAUAUCACCGCCCGAAUCAUCGCUGGCGACCGCAAAGGGGUAGAACACACGAUCCCCCGUAUCCCGUUAGAGACGACUGAUGGCCAACUAUCCUUCACCCUCCGCCGCGUGCAGUUCCCAAUCCGUCUCUGUUUUGCUAUGACAAUUAAUAAGAGCCAGGGGCAGUCGUUGAAACAGGUAGGUGUAGACCUUCGCGUGCCAGCCUUUUCCCAUGGGCAGCUGUACGUUGCACUCUCAAGGGUGACCGAUGUAGCAAAACUAUCGAUCUUACACGCGGAGGGGUCAGAUACAACAGAAAAUAUCGUGUUUCGAGAGGUCUUACAGCGCUUCUCUCCUAUAGCAUUAGCGGUCGAAGUUAGUUAA